ACUUCUUCUCUUCAGUGAGACUGAGAAAUCUCAAGAGCAAGAGAGGGAACAGAAAGGUUACCAGUGCCAGCACAGUGCUGUUAAAUUUCAGCAUUCAGAAAAGAAUUGAGGAAAUACUGUAAAGAGAUGGAGUUUGACAAAGACUACUGUAUUAAGAUGAACGAUGGGAACAAAAUUCCUGCAGUAGGAUUUGGUACCUAUUCCCCUGAUGCAGUUCAGAAAAGUAAAUGCGAGGAGGCUACAAAGGUGGCUAUUGAAGUUGGCUUCCGCCAUAUUGAUGGAGCCUUUGUAUAUGGGACUGAGGAGGAGGUUGGGCGAGCCGUUCACGAGAAGAUUGCAGAUGGAACAGUCAAAAGAGAGGACAUAUUUUACACAGGAAAACUUGGGAGUACCUUUCACCGUCCUGAACUUGUGCGCAGCUGCCUGGAACAGUCACUGAAGAAACUUAAAUUUGACUAUCUUGAUCUCUUCAUUAUCCAUAUCCCUGUCUCUCUAAAGCCUGGACCAGAUUUAUCACCAAUGGAUGAAAACGGAAAACUCAUUUUCGAUAUUGUAGAUCUGCGUCAAACUUGGGAGGCCAUGGAGGCAUGUAAAGACGCAGGGUUGGUGAAGUCCAUUGGAGUGUCCAACUUCAACAUCAGACAGCUGGAGAUGAUCCUGAACAAACCAGGGAUCAAGUACAAACCUGUUCUCAACCAGGUUGAAUGUCACCCUUACCUCAACCAAAGCAAACUGCUGGCCUUCUGCAAAUCCAAGGAUAUUCUCCUCGAAGCCUAUUGUGCUCUGGGCUCACAGAGAGACAAGAUGUGGAUAGACCAAAGCACCCCAGUUCUGCUGGAGGACCCAGUUUUGGGUGCAAUUGCCAAAAAGUACAACCGAAGCCCCGCUCUAGUAGCCCUGCGCUACCAGCUGCAGCGUGGUGUCGUGGUCCUCUUUAAGAGCUUCACCAGAAAGCGUAUUGAAGAAAACUUCCAGGUUUUUGACUUCCAGCUCUUUGAGGAGGACAUGAAAACCAUUGAUGGGCUGAACAAAAACCUUCGCUACCUGAACUUAAUGCAACUUGUGGACCACCCUCAGUUUCCAUUUAAAGAUGAAUAAUGGAAAGGAUACUUUCAGUAUUCCUGAUUUUAUUUCGCAUGUGAGGAAUCAGACAUACAUUUCAUCUCCUUGCUCCAUACCAGUGAUUAGUCCCAGAGAAGAACCCUGUUCUGGAAGCCCACCUUCUGCUGGUGAUAUCAAGAGAUCUACACUGUACAUUUAAACUGAAAUUCAAAACAACUCGGUCUCUGAAUGGAAUUGUUCUGGAUUGCUAAUGGGGAAAAAAUAAAGGUGUCUGUGUAAUGCACUUAUUGA